UACAUAUGCUGUUGGUCUUUCGCUGGACGGCAAUGAAUCAGAAUAUGUGGGGUGUAGGGGCGAUUGGACCACCGGAAUAGAAAAACUACUCUACCGAAUAAUUACGAGUCUUUUCACUACUUCCAUCAUGUCCCCCGCUAGUAGCAUCCAGGUCUCAAAUCCCAAUCCUCUAAAGACAGAGGGCCGUCCGUCUCAUUGGGUUGACGAAGAAGGAACAGCGUUCAAGAAUCCCUGGAAGAGCUGGCGUGAGCACGACUGGAGAGAUCAGCUCUACAUUGUCUUCAAACACUCCAAACAGUGCCCUACAGCACCAGAGAACAUAUCCGAGUUAAUUCCCGCACGGAAGCCAACGUGGACUGGGAAAAGUACCGACGAACUCAAAUUGAAGGCAAUGUGGAUGGGCCACGCGUCGUUCUUCGUCGAGCUUCCCGCUCGGUCGUGUAUCGUAGACUCGACAAGCACACCAAGUCGCGGUGCUCGCAUUCUGUUCGACCCUUUAUUCAGUGAACGUUGUUCACCGAUCCAAUGGGCGGGAUUCAAGCGAAUAACUCCUCCCGCAUGUCAAGUGGAAGACCUUCCUGAGAUAGAUGUGGUUGUGAUAUCCCACGAUCACUACGACCAUCUCGAUGAGGGUACAAUCGCCAAAUUAGCCGCCCUCCCUCGGCCACCCCAAUUCUUCGCACCACUCGGCAACCUCACUAUUCUCAAAUCGUUCGGCGUACCGGAGGAUAACUGCCACAUACUCGAUUGGUGGGAGAGCCGACGUGUUGAAGUUUUAGUUUCCGGAACAGAUAAAUCCUCUGAACCCGUAUCCAUUGCUUUUGACCUGACUUGUACACCCGGUCAGCACAACGUCGGACGUAACUUCACAGACAGAUUCAAACACGCUAAAAGUCUCUGGAGUGGAUGGGUCGCGAGGGAGGUUCUUCCUGAAUCACAGUCUAACGCCGCCAAGACGGUGUAUUUUGCGGGAGAUACAGGAUACCGGGCGGUGUUGGAUGGUCAGGAUGAAAACCAGGUUCCUGUUUGUGAAGCUUUUCAGCAGAUUGGGAACAAGUUUGGGAGUAUUGAUCUUGCGAUGCUUCCCAUUGGCGCUUAUCUACCUCAGAGGUACAUGUCUCCGGUUCAUUGCUCUCCGAAGGAGAGCGCUUUAGUCUUCAAGGACAUCAGAGCAAAAUACGGGAUAGGAAUGCAUUGGGGUACAUUCGUGUUGACCACUGAGCCUAUCAUGGAUCCUCCGAAGAAACUGAAGGAAGCUUGCGAGGAAGUUGGGAUCAAGGAAGGCUCCUUCGUAUGCACGGAUAUUGGCCAAAUGAUGUUUUAUGACUAGACGAGGGUUCCGAUACAGUGACGGAGAGGUGUACGACCUGACAUAGAUAUACGUAACGGACGUAUGCUACCGUAUGUCCGUCAAGAGGGAGGAAGAGUGGAUAUGUAUCAUGUAUACUACAUAUGUCCGACAUCUUGUUUCGGAAUCACAACAGUAAUCUCUAAUUCAAAUAUUCGGGGAGGAGGUGAUUAUGAACCGCAAGUACAUCAACCUCG